AUGAAAUCUUCUCCAUUAUUUUUCGCUGUGUCUUCUAAAAUUUCAUCCUGUCGUAAACUCUUUGUCACUCAAUCGUGGCGAAAUUAUUCUUCUGCUGCUCAACAACCACAUGAUUUAAUUGUCAUUGGUGGUGGUCCUGGUGGAUAUGUGGCUGCCAUUAAAGCCUCUCAACUCGGGCUUAAAACUGCGUGUAUUGAAAAGAGAGGAUCUUUGGGAGGAACUUGUUUAAACGUUGGAUGCAUUCCGUCAAAAGCAUUGUUACAUGCUUCACAAAUAUAUUAUGAUGCCACUCACUCAAAUUUUUCAAAAUGGGGAAUUCAAAUGAGUCCAGUGAAUCUUGAUUUUCCAUCCAUGCAACAACAAAAGGACAAGUCUGUGAAAAAUCUAACCUCGGGUAUUGAAUUUCUUUUUAAAAAGUACCAAGUCGAUUAUUUCAAAGGAGAGGGUACCAUUUUAGGUAAUGACCAAGUUCUUUUCAAAUCCAAUCAAACCGAUUCUGAACAACUUCUUUCCACUAAAAACAUUCUCAUUGCCACAGGUUCUGAAUCCUCUCAAUUGCCCUUCCUUCCCUUUGAUGAAAAAUUUGUGCUUUCCUCUACAGGAGCUCUCUCCCUCCAACACAUUCCAAAACGAAUGAUUGUCAUUGGAGCUGGUGUUAUUGGUUUAGAAUUGGGCUCGGUAUUCAAUCGAUUGGGAUCUCAAGUCACUGUCCUAGAGUCGAAUACGGAGCGAAUAUCUCCCUUCCUCGAUCGAGAAGUCUCUCACACGUUGAAGAAAAUACUUGAAAAACAAGGAAUGACUUUCAAAUUGGGAAUUUCAGUCACCAAUGGCCAUGUAGACACUCUCAACAAAAAAGUCAUGCUUGAAUUGGAGUCCAAUGCGAAAGGAAGUACUAAGGCCAAGGAACAAAUCGAAGCAGAUGUUGUUUUAGUAUGCAUUGGUCGUCGUCCCUACACCCAACGUUUGGGUCUGGAAAAUGUUGGAAUUUCACUCGAUGAAAAAGGUCGAAUUCCAGUCAAUGACCAUCUACAAACCUCAUCGCCAAGCAUUUAUGCCAUUGGAGAUGUCGUCAGAGGCCCCAUGUUGGCUCACAAGGCCGAGCAUGAAGGUUUUUCUGUGGCUGAAUACUUGGCAGGUCGGUCCAUUCCUCAUUUGAAUUACAAUGCCAUUCCUAAUGUGAUAUAUACUCAUCCUGAGGUUGCAUCUAUCGGGCAGACAGAGCAAGACCUUUUGACUAACUCCAUUCCGUAUCGUGUAGGAAAAUUCCCGUUCGUAGGUAAUGCAAGGUCUAAAACUAUUGGAGAAGGAAUGGAAGGAUUUGUGAAAGUACUAACUGAUGCUGUCACGGAUCGCAUUUUGGGUGUUCACAUCAUUGGAAUGUAUGCAGGAGAGUUGAUAGCAGAGGCAGCCUUAGCAUUGGAGUAUGGAGCGAGUGCGGAAGAUAUUGCCCGUACAUGUCAUGCUCACCCUACGUUUGCAGAGGCAUUCAAAGAAGCUGCCUUAAUGGCCUAUGAUGGAAAACCAUUGAAUAUUUAA